UGCAGCGGAGGCUGCGGCGGGGAAAAUGGCGGACGGGAAGGCGGGAGAGGAGAAGCCUGAGAAGCCGCAACGAGCUGGAGCCGCCGGAGGACCUGAAGAAGAAGCAGAAAAACCUGUGAAAACUAAGACUGUUUCUUCCAGUAAUGGAGGGGAAAGUUCCAGUCGCAGCGCUGAGAAGCGAUCAGCUGAAGAAGAAGCUGCAGACCUCCCAACAAAGCCUACAAAGAUCUCCAAGUUUGGAUUUGCCAUAGGUAGUCAGACGACAAAGAAAGCCUCAGCCAUAUCCAUCAAACUUGGAUCAAGUAAGCCUAAAGAAACUGUUCCAACUCUUGCUCCAAAAACUCUUUCAGUAGCAGCAGCUUUUAAUGAAGAUGAAGAUAGUGAACCAGAGGAAAUGCCUCCAGAAGCAAAGAUGAGGAUGAAGAAUAUUGGAAGGGAUACACCAACAUCAGCAGGACCAAACUCCUUCAAUAAAGGAAAGCAUGGUUUUUCUGAUAACCAGAAGCUAUGGGAGCGAAAUAUAAAAUCUCAUCUUGGAAAUGUCCAUGACCAAGACAAUUAAAUGAUGUGUUUUGAAAUUGGGUGUGGGGUGGGUGUAAAGUUAAAAGGAACAGUUUCCUUUUUUAAAGAAUGGUAUAAGACUAUCUUUGGAGCCGCCUUUUUUUUUUUUUUAAAGAUUGAGUGGUACGCUAAUAAAUGAGAGUUUGAAAUUAGAGGUAAUUUAUGUUUUAUAUACAGAUUU